CGGAGGCGUAAGAAACAUGGCUGCUCCCUACGAGUCGAGAUUGUUCUCUUAAUUUUAAAUGUUUAAUAUUCAGUUCUGAACGAUGAUGUAUAUCAAAGACGAGGUAGAGAAAAUGGUGCCGUCUGCUGAGGAAAAUGUAAAGGAGGACGAAGAGAUCCAGGACCAGGAAGAAGCAAAAAAGGCAGGAGAGGAUGAUGAUGAUGCUGGAGAUGAGAAAGAAGAGGAAGAUGGAGGUGAUGAAGAACAGGAAGGUAGAGAUGAUAAUCAAAAGGAAGAAGAAGAAGAAGCAAUGCCACAGGCUGCAGAUAAAAUUGAGAAAAACAUCCCAUUGCCUGUUCAACCCAGCGAGAAAAAGCAGGCUGACGGCCUGAACCUCAACAAUGAGGUGGUGAAGAUGAGGAAGGAGGUGAAGAGGGCUCGGGCUCUGAUCAUCAGGAAGCUGACACGACAGAUUGGCGCCCUGAAGAAGAAGAAGGGGAAAGAGACAGAAAUUGAGAGAAAUCAGAGGAGAGCUGCCAGACUGCUGGAGGAGAUCCACGCCAUGAAGGACCUCUCACCAGACCUGGUGACCAAGAGAGCCUUGCAGAAGAAUCUCAACUUUGAACAGGUGUGUAAAAAUCCAGUGUCUACUAUUUCUGACCGGGCCAUAGCGCGCAUCGCCACCCACCCUCAAUUCAACAAGAAGAUUGAAAACAUCAAAGGUGCCGUGAAAGCCUUCAAAGAGGAGCGGAUGAAGAGUGGAAAGCAGGGAGGGAAGGAAAAAGUGCAACAGAAAGCCGGAAAGGUCACUCCACAGUCGCCAGAGGAAAAGGGAGAAAGAGAGGGUGAGAAAGAAGAGGAGGACAUUACAGUGGAAGAAAAGGAGAUCAUAGACAGUGAGGACGGAGAUGAAAUCCUUAAAGACAUCACAGAUGCCACUGUUGCUGAACCUGAAAAGGACAAGGGGAAAGCAAAUCAUUCAGCUGAUACUGCUGUUAGUCAAAUUAAAGACAUGCCUAAGAAUGUAAGACCACCAUCAGUCAGAAGUAGUGACAUAAAGGGCACCGUGAAAAAUAAACCUCAAAGUCAAGAUGCAGAAAAGAAACCCAGUCUUAAGUCUGCACCUGAAGUGCUUCACAAAAAGGCUGCUGAGGAAGAGAGUGAUUUAGACUCAUCCGAUGAUGAGCAAAAAGAGUACUUUGAUGACAGCACAGAGGAACGUUUCCACAAGCAGUCCUCUCAGUCUGAGGAGAGCGACGACAACGAUGACUUCUUUGUUGGAAAAGUGAGCAAAUUCAGGAAGAAGAAGAAGCAGAAAAGUGUAGACCAGGAGAAGGGGCAUGAACUGAAACUGGACCCAACAGGCCAGGUCCAAAGUAAACUUGAUGAGCUUGAGUCCAGGCUGAAGUCUAAAAUGACCUCGCUUCAGUCUGUUUUUUGUUCUUCCCUUUCUGCGUCUAAGCCUGGUAGGGGCAGAGGUGCAGGCAGAGGGAGAGGUGGGGAUAAAUUUAGGGGCCAAGGGAAAACAAGGGGUGGCAGUGGUCUAAAUAGAGAUUUUAGUCAACAACCCAAGUUCCAAAAGCAGGAGAAAGAAACGGAAAGAAAUUCAGGGUCCAAGUACAGCAAGCCAGAGUCGUCAGAGAAGGGCUUUCCCACUGCCGGCAGAGGGAGGGGGCGAGGCAGAGGUGAUGUUAUCAGGCAAAAGGAUCACAGAGGUGGAGGUGUCUUUUCCCAUCAGGCACCACAGCAGGCACUGCAUCCAUCCUGGGAGGCCAGUAAGAAAAGGAAGGAGCAGCAAGGGCAAAUCCUGGCCUUCCAGGGGAAGAAGAUCAAGUUUGACGAUGAUGACUGAAACAUUUUUUUUUUGGUUUUAUAUUUUAUCAAUGCUGAACACAUACAUUUUGUUGAGUGUCUGACAUGCCAUGUUUGGGUGAUUCUUUUCAUCUGGUGAAGGCUGACCACAUAUUCUUUGGAUACUCAUUACCAGUGAUCUCUGUAUAGUUCAGUGACAACGUGUUUUAGACUGGGUUUCAUCUGUAUGGCUGGUAAAAGACAACAAACCUGGAGAUUUUUGUAUAAAACAUCAAUAGAAAUGUAUUCUUAAAAUAUUUUUAUUCUUAAGUAUGAUUCAGUUGUAAGAUGUGAAAUAUACCACCUGUCAGUUUUCAUAGUUUACCCGUCAACAACAGUUUAAGAAAUGAGUCAUUUAUAAAAAAGCCAAUUCUGUAAGAAAUGUAUAAAUAAUAUUGUUAGAUUUGUCAGUGUGUUAACCUGUACACAAUUUCACAGCUUUGUCCAGAAUGGUAAUAAGGGGUUAUUGUAUAGUACACAAUCUCUGACAGUGAUGUUUGGUGAUAUACAUGCUUAUUGAUUAUCUUUUGCCCAAGACCUUAAAACAAAUGAGUUUUUCCUGUGUUUGGUAUGUUCCUCACUUGAAUGUGUUUAACAAUAUAAAGUUUAA